AUGAGAGAAGUGAGCGACGAAGUUGUUGAGGUGACGGUGGUUGAGAAAGGAGCUGAGCGGCGGAAGAUGCGGCGGAAGGACGCCGGUGAGGGCGGAGAUGGUCUGGUGACGUGGGAGAGGUUUCUCCCGAAAAUCUCGCUUAGGGUUUUGCUCGUGGAAGCAGAUGAUUCCACCAGACAGAUUAUCUCUGCUCUCCUCAGGAAAUGCAGUUACAGAGUUGCUGCUGUACCUGAUGGCUUGAAAGCUUGGGAGAUGCUUAGAGGGAAGCCUGAGAGCGUUGAUUUGAUAUUAACAGAGGUUGAUCUGCCUUCAAUCUCUGGAUACGCUCUUCUAACACUUAUCAUGGAGCAUGAUAUCUGCAAGAACAUUCCUGUCAUAAUGAUGUCGACACAGGACUCAGUUAAUACUGUUUAUAAGUGCAUGUUGAAAGGUGCGGCUGACUAUCUUGUCAAGCCUUUGAGGAGGAAUGAGUUGAGAAAUCUUUGGCAACAUGUCUGGAGAAGACAAACUUCACUUGCUCCUGGUGGUAACUUUCCAGUAGAUGAAGGUGUUGGACAGGAGAAACCUGAUGGUGCGUCUGCGAACAACUCAACAAGUAACCACGUGAAUGCACCCCAGAGAGAGGAACGUCCUGUAAUUGAGAAUGGUGGUGGUGAUGAUCAGAGCUCUUGUUCAAGACCAGAGAUGCAAGGUGAGAGCGCAGACGUGGAGGAUAUCCCAUCAAAAGAGGCCAUUGACUUCAUGGGAGCGUCAUUUAGAAGAAACGGACAAUGUAACAGAGAAGAAAGUGUUGCUAAAUACGAUUGUUCUCGGAUAGAGCUUGAUCUCUCCUUGAGAAGACCUGACACUUGUGAGAACCAACCUUCUCUUAAUCCUUCAAGUGCCUCAGCUUUCACACGGUACGUUCACAGGCCGUUGCAGACACAAUGUUCAGUCUCUCCCUUGGUUACCGACCAAAGAAAGAAUGUUGCGGCAAGUGAAGAUGAUAAUAAUAUUGUGCUAAUGAACCAAUACAAUGUGUCUGAACCGCCUCCAAGUGCUCAGAGAAGAAACGAGGCUAGCUUUUACAAUAGCUCUGACUCGCCUGGUCCACCUUUUAGCAACCAGAUGAAUUCUUGGCCAGGACAGGGCUCUUACCCAACGCCAGUUCCUGUUAUACAGUUCCCUGGUCCUAACGCAGCUGUCAUGGCUCCUGCUUCAGUGUCUCCAAGCCCUAGCUCCGUUAGCCCGCAUGAGUACAGUUCCAUGUUUCACCCAUUCAAUGGUAAACCCGAGGGGGUGCAAGAGCGGGAUGGUUCCAUGGAUCUAGAGGAGAGGAGACACGUCUCUUCUGCGACAGAACAUAGUACCAACUACAUUGAUUAUCAUCAUCAUCAGCAGCAGCUUCUGGAGAAGAAGAACGAAGAAGGAUACUCAUCCUCUGUUGGGAAACUUCAGCAAUCUCUUCAACGGGAAGCCGCUUUAAACAAGUUCAGGAUGAAACGCAAGGAGAGAUGCUUUGAGAAAAAGGUCCGUUAUGAGAGCCGGAAGAAAUUAGCAGAGCAAAGGCCUCGAAUCAAAGGGCAAUUCGUUCGUCAAGUCCAGUCCAAUGAGACCUCAACACAAGAAGCUCCACAAUGA